UAGAUCUCGGCCAUCUCAGUAACUCUUAAACCCUUCUCCCAUUCUCUCGUCUCUCUUACUCAGUCGACGCAGCGCCACCACCUCUCCCCCAACCAUCCGCCAUGGGCCUCCUCAAGAACUCCCUCCUGCUCCAAGGGCAGCUGCGGCAGGCUACGGCUCAGGCGGCGGCCGCCGCCGCCAGCGCGGGAGUGGGGCGGCGCGGCGUGGCGACGUCGACGGAGGAGUACAUGCGCCGCAACUACGCCAACAAUGUCUCCGAGUACAACACCGUCAUCGGGUCCCUCAUCCAGCAGCGCAGGCCCUACCUGCUUCGUGAUGCCUACGAUGACAUGUUACUCGACGGGGUGCAGCCUGUGCGGGACACAUUCCACAAUCUCAUAGUCGGCACCAUGAAGGGCAGCCGGCUACAAGAUGCUUUCUACUUCCGCGACCAGAUGAGAGAAAUGGGCUUGCAGCCUGAUGUUAACCUAUACAAUUUUCUGAUCUCCACUUGCGGGAAAUGCAAGAACUCGGAUGCAGCAAUCUUGCUUCUGGAAGAAAUGAAAGCACAUGGCGUUAAGUUGAAAGGAGAAACCUACAUUUGUCUCUUGAAUGCGCUUGCAGCAACUGGGCGUACGGAUCAAGUUUAUGCUAUAGUUCGUGAUAUGACCGCCGCUGGACUUGGAUUAAACAAGUUUUGUUAUGCUGGACUAAUAACUGCAUUCAAGAACAAGACACCAGCCAGUGAGGAUACUCCGGCAAAAAUUCUUGAGUUCGUCCAGCAGUCAAAAGGUUGGCAGUAUGUUGAAAGGGUAGCAAAUGAUAGUGCUGAGAAUAUAAUGAUGAAUGUGUCAGACGAAGAGCUAUACAACUUGCCAACAGCAGAAUUUGCACACAGAAGAGGAUUUAUAUUUAAGCAGUUAACAAUUUAUCAUGUUGCUAUCCAUGCUUGUGCAGACUUGGGGAGCAAAGAGACACUCGAAGCACUUCUUGACAUGUUCACUAAAGAGAAUUUUAAUUAUGAUGCCUUCAUUGUGAUGCAAGCUGUAAGGUGUUAUCUUCGAUGUGGAGAUAUUGAUUCCGCUGUUAAGAUGUUUGAAGAGUUCUCAAGCUCGAAACCCACACCCGCAGAGCUGUAUGUGACACUUGCCGAGGGAGCUAUGAUAGGGUAUACUCCAAGAGGAAUGGAAGUUGCUCAAGCAACCUUGGAGAGAAUGACUGAAAGAAAAUUCUUCUUGAAUCCCAAGAUGGGGACGGAUCUUCUACUAGCGGCUUCUGGUGAAAAGACUGGUGGAUAUACAACUGCAAAUUAUAUUUGGGAUAUGCUGCAAACCCGCAAUAUAAUUCCAGCACUUCCUGCUGUUGAAGCAUACUACAAGGGAUUGAAGGAACGAGAAAUUCCUUCGGACGAUCCACGGCUUGUGAAUGUUGCCCGUGUUUUGGACAACCUGCAACUCCGGUUGGGCCCGAGGAGAAAUUUUCAGUAACACACGGUCAAACUGCUCUAGUCUCCCUGAACCAAUGCAGGUUGAAACUUGUUCUGGUAAGGAGGUUGCUGGAUGCAUCAAUAUGUUUAAUCUCCAGAAAACCGAAUAACUACUUUUAGGACGACACAAAGCAAGGAGAAACCAUCAAGGAUAUCUAUCCGUGGAUAACGGUCAGGAAAGAAUGGCAGGGACCAGUGUAUACAUCCUGAGACAGAAAUAUAUUGUUUUGUCGCCUCCUAUGCCUAAGUCUCUUUCUUAAGUUCCAUUCAAUUUUGUUGUUAUUUAUCUGAGCGGACCAUCUAUUGAACUUUGUGGUUGGAGUUUGUACUGGUUGCCGUUCAAAUGUGAUUGUUUAGUCGUCAGUUGUAGGUUUCUGAUUUCUUGGUGUUUGUAUGUGGAAGAUGUUUCAUAUUGUUUCAAACAAGGGGGUUUUGUCCGGCUCCCGCUCUUCUUC